AUGACCCGUCCAGAUGCCCAGGGCGGCGAUGUCACUACGGGAGAGAGCGGGCCAACAUUCCAAGCAGGUAAUCUCGACAACAUCCGCUCUUUGUUAACCCCUGAAAUGAAAUUCUUCCUGAAAAUCGAGGGCCGAUCCUGGGCUAAGAUUAUAGCGCACCACUCCGAACCCGCUCACCCGCUUCAUUGUGGAUCUGCGUCGACAUGGUGGGCUGGCCGGAUCGGACCUGGGUGA